CUCGUGAUUGGUAAGCGGCGCCGGCGAUAUCGCGUUCGUUACGGGGUCAUUGGUCUUCCUUCCUCUUGGUCGUUCUCCGCUCGAGGAAAUCGAGUCGGUGUACGCCCACGCGGACUCGCAGACACUGUCGCGAUCAUUUUUUCCACCCGAACUCGCGUCGCCGCUCUUACAAAGGACACGCACGACGCAUGGAAUUGUCAACCAUUAUGCGAUACUUUCUCUUUCUCUCUUUUAUCUCAGUGAUCGUAUUCGACGAGUUAUUUGACUCGAUUGUUUAUUAUAUCGAACCAGAGCGUGGAAGCGUCACGUAUGAGACGAGAGUAAGGAGGAGAGUGAACGAGAGAGAAGGAGAUGCGUGCAGAGUCGCGUUUAGUAGGUGCGUAGGUAUAUAAAUGUCAUCCUAUAUAUAGCGAGCGUUCGUCUAAUCUUAGCUAGUCGGCCACCGGCCAGGAACACGAGCGAAAACUUGGUUCUCGUCUCGUUUCGCGCUCAUCUCUCUUAGGUUUCCGGUGGAGAUCGGUUCCUUGCCGUUCAGCUCGAUUCCCCUCGGCGCGGCGGGAUCAUGGUUCAUCGGACGCACCGCCUCGCGGUGCCAAUUUCCUGCUUCACACGUGUACCUCUGCCCGUAAUCUCCGAGGGAGCACCAAUCUUCCUGAACCGAUCGUCUUUCAGAUUAUUUCUUAGGGUUCCUAAGACUCCAGCAAAGAGUGUCGAUUUCUAAUUGAUAGCUCGACCGCGCGUGAACGCUUUCGGCGACACUUAAUCAGUUUGAUUGAUAGGCGAGCUACAUGUAUAAUUGAAUCGGCUGGCAACAGGCGUCAGCGACGACGGUGAAUCAGUCCAACCGGCCUUCGAACGUUAUUUCUUUUCCCCUGAUAGGAAAACUCGUCCAAUAAGAUUUGAUAGAGAAUCGAGGAGUAACAGAGAUUGAAGUGCAGAAUGCAACGAGUUACACAAUUGCUCCGGGCGAUAUCUAUAAUCUCCAAUUAAACGACGACCUUGUACCACGUUGCUCUCGAGCACGUAACACCGAUCUGGAUUCAUUGUAAAUUCGAGCUGUCUACUUUUAAAAGUUUCCAAGAUACGAUCGUUCGCGUGGAGGAGGUAUCCUUGACCGGAGCGAUACGUUCGGCGUGCACGGCUCGAUUAAAGCCGGGAAGGUCGGCGCUGGUACAGAGCGAUCGAGACGUGGGUUUCAGGAGCAUCGAAAUCUCGCCCGCGUUUACGCAUCUACCGCACAAAGAGAUGGCCAGGGACACGCCAGGCUCGCCGAUGUCCAGACCGAGAGACCUGGUCACCGGAGUCGCCGGCGCUGCGACCACCUUGACACCGAGCGCGUAUCACGCGGCUGCUGCCGAUCCGGCUCUCCACGGUCACAUGUUACAGCAGAAGAUCCUCGAGUUGGAGCAGCAGCACCAGCUUCAGCAGCAGAUCCUACGGCAACAGUAUCAGGCGCAGGAACGACAAUUGGCAGAGAUGCACGAGCAACAGAUGUUCCAGCUGAAGCUUUGGGAACAACAGAAACAGGAAGAGCAGAGGCAAGAGAAGGAGAGGCUCGAGGCGUUGAGGAAGAAAGAUAAGCACGAUCACAGCGCGAACGCGUCGACGGAGGUCAAGCAACGGCUUCAGAGCUUCCUCGUGAACAAGAAGCAAAGAGAGGCCGCAGCCGCGGCGAAUGGGGCCGUGUCUGGUACACCCGGAUACAGGAGUUGGUUGCAGCCACAGUCGACGGACUCGGCGGCCGCGACGAACGCAACGCAUCCGUAUCGGAUGCCGCACAUGCUCCAGGAGAAGUUCGCGGACGAUUUCCCACUUCGGAAAACAGCCUCGGAGCCGAACCUGCUGAAGGUGCGACUAAAGCAACGCGUGGAGAGGAACAUGGCCGCGUCGAGAAAUUCACCCCUGAUGGCACGCCGGAAGGACCGCCUACUGUCGCACCUCAAGCGGAAGUCACUGCUAGCAAAUUCUAGCAGCAAUCCAGAGUCUGGGCCUAACUCACCGCCUACCGUCAACAACUCUCAGGCGAGCCCCACCGGAGGAGGAAGCGCGGCGGCGAUUCAAGAGGAGGCGGAGAACACUGGAUACGGUGGUCCGUUGACUAGCAGUAGCCAGCAGGGCAGCCUCUCGGAUCUCUCGCUGUUCAGUUCGCCGUCCAUGCCGAACAUCUCGCUGGGUCGACCUCACGUACCAUCCAGUUCCAGCACGACGGGCACUAAACUGGCGACCGUCUCGGAAGCGGAGGUGCGUGCAGCGUUCACCGCGCGACUGGGGAUGCCACUCACGGGCCAGAUGCUACCAGGUACCUUGCCUUUCUAUCCGUCGUUGACUGUGAUCGAGGGAGCAGACUCGGUGGCGAGCGGCUACGUUCACAAGCACAUGCAGAACUUGGAGCAUCCGUCGGUGACGAAUAGGCAGCACCCGUCCGCGGUUUAUCACGGGUCCGCGGCAGCGUCUCCGAUCACAGAUACGCAAGUAGCGCACGCGAGGCUGCAAAAGGCUGGUCACCGGCCUUUAGGUAGUAGAACGCAGUCAGCGCCUCUUCCGUUGGGCCAUCCGAUGCUGCAGGGUGGUAUAAUCGCGCCACAGACCCACUACGAGGAGUACCUGGCUGAGAAGCAACUGCACGACCAGCAGCAGGCGCACAACUACUUGAAACAGCAGAUUCGACAGACGGUGUUGACCCGAGUCGGCUCCCGGGGGCAAGCGAAUCAACUGGACGAGGCGCCCGAGAGCGAGGAGUCGGAGGUGAUAGACUUGACCGGAGGGAAGAAGGAUCUGUCAGAGGAGAGCGAGAUCUCGAAGCAGCAGCGGGAUCGGGAGCAGUUCCUCCAGCAACAGAGAGAUCUGAUGAUGAGGCAUACUCUGCAGAUAUCGAACGAAUCGUCAACGGCCUACGGUGGGAGCAGAAGCAGUCAGUCGAGCGCCAGGCCGUUGUCCAGGGCGCUCUCUAGUCCGUUGGUGCACUUGGGUCCUCAGGCGACUCAAGCCACCGGCGAUCUCUUCGCUCGCCCUUCCUCCCAUCGACCGACCACCGGCUUGGCCUACGAUCUUCUAAUGUUGAAGCACGCCUGCGUCUGUGGCGAAACCGUCCGCGGGCAUCCCGAGCACGGAGGCAGGUUGCAGAGCGUCUGGGCGCGAUUAUCGGAAACUGGACUGCUACAACGAUGCGACCGGAUACGAGCGCGCAAGGCUACCCUCGAGGAAAUCCAGACUUGUCACAGCGAGGCGCACGCUCUACUGUUCGGAACGAAUCCGAUGAAUCGGCAAAAAUUGGACGUGUCGAAGCUCUCUCAGCUACCCAUCAAGAGUUUCGUGCGGCUGCCCUGCGGCGGAGUGGGCGUCGAUUCCGAUACGACGUGGAACGAACUGAAUACCGCGCCGGCUGCCAGAAUGGCCGUCGGCUGCGUCGUCGACCUGGCCUUUAAUACCGCAUUGGGCGACAUUAAGAACGGUUUCGCUGUGGUUCGACCGCCGGGACAUCACGCCGAAACCAAUCAGGCGAUGGGAUUCUGUUUCUUCAACUCGGUCGCGAUCGCUGCGCGGUUACUUCAACAGAAGCUCGAUAUACGGAAAAUCUUGAUUCUGGACUGGGACGUUCACCAUGGGAAUGGGACGCAGCAGAUGUUCUACGACGAUCCGCGGGUAUUGUACCUGUCGAUACACAGGCACGACGACGGUAACUUCUUCCCAGGCACCGGAGGACCGACCGAGUGCGGCGCCGGCGAGGGACUGGGUUACAACGUGAACGUCGCCUGGUCCGGAGGGUUGAGUCCACCGAUGGGUGACGCCGAAUACUUGGCUGCGUUCCGUACGAUAGUGAUGCCGAUCGCGACCGCGUUCGAUCCGAACAUCAUCCUGGUCUCCGCGGGAUUCGACGCGGCCGUUGGUCACCCGGCGCCUCUCGGCGGUUACAAGGUCAGCCCGGCCUGUUUCGGAAAAAUGACCCAGCAGCUGCUCACCUUGGCCAACGGCAAAGUCGUCCUCGCCCUUGAGGGUGGCUACGAUCUCGCCGCGAUCUGCGAUUCCGCGCAGGAAUGCGUUCGGGCCCUCCUCGGCGACGAACCGACACAACUCCGGGAGGAGGAAUUAGCCAGGAUACCCUGCCAAAAUGCUGUCGACACGUUACAGAAGACUAUUGCCAUUCAGAUGUCGCAUUGGCCUUGCGUCAAAUUGAACGCGCACACGGUUUCGAUGAGCGUGAUCGAAGCAGGACAGAAGGAGCGGGACGAAACCGAAACGGUCUCCGCAAUGGCCUCUCUAUCUAUGCAGCAGCCUACCAAUCUAACAACUACCCCAGAACAUUCCCGAGAAGUUUCCGAGGAGCCGAUGGAGCAGGACGAUGCCAAGUGAAGGGAGACGUGAUUCUUCGUCUUUGGAUACAGUCUUGUCCGCGUGAUCUCCUAGCGCGCGCGAACGACGAGCGGAUUCGCUAACCGCCACCAUCGUCGCUGCUACCGACCACGUCCGCUUCCCCACGACAAAGCGGAUUCGAUUCUUGUUAAACUGAAAAGACAGUAGUUUUUAAGUGUUCAGUUUUUUGCUACUCCUUCGCGUUUGCCCUGUGGAACGCGCAGCCGUAUGGCCUCGCUUUCUCCCCGGGUCUAUUCGAUGUUCUCUCUUUCCUUUCUCCACCCCGCCAUCGUAUUUCCGUGGGUCGGAAUUCGGGCGGUCACAUCCCCGGCGGAAACGUGGAGGAAGCGAUGCGCUGUUCGAAGCAGCGGCGAGGGAACGUUUUUCAUCCCUCCCUCGGGCAGCGUUUCGUUCUACCUACGUCAUCUUUCUUCGAGAGCGGCAUAAGACACGAUGUAACGUAUGCGAUGGGUUGUCCUUUCUUCUUUUGUCGCGAACAAAGGCUGGUGUGAUUUUUGUGAUAUUUUGUAAAAAUGAAGAAAUUUGACGAGCUGUAUACGUCAAAGAUAUAUAAAUAAUUAUUCGCGAGAGCGUGUAACGUUGUUAAAAUCGAGAGAGAGAAUGAGAAGCGGAUGGCGAGAGCACGUUCGCCAGGCGUGCGUGUGUGAGAGAGAAAUUCAAAGGGAAGAUGAUAUAUAAGUAAUCGAAAUAGGAGCAUUUAUUUUUGUGUCGUGCAUUUUACGAAAAAAAGGAAUGCGAGUGAAAUCUGUCGAUCGACAAAUUGUUUCUGUGAACCUGCCGCCGGACGCGUGUUGCGCGUCGAAGGUUGCGGCACGCGGAUCGAACUGUUAUAGAAGUACUCGUGUGGUCUUUCGUGUAUGCAGCAUGCAAGAGAGAGAGAGAGAGAGAGAGAGAGAGAGAGAGAGGGAGGAAGCGUGUCGAGUACAAACAAAAAUACAUGUGUACUUUGUAUGUCUACGUGUCCGCAAGAAUCUCAAGUGUUCGUCGUGUAUCGUCCCACGUUUUUACCAAAAAGUUUUUGGAAGCAUCGAGGCGCGAAACAUUAUUUUCGGUCGAUUCGCGUUACCCCUAUUUAUUUUGGAUCUCCUGCUCGCAAUCACUCAUUAUUUAUCCCGUCUACUGAGUUCUCUCCUUUCUUUCUGUCCUUUCCUCCUUUCUUUUUUACCAUUAUCUGACUCGACCGAUCAUGACUCGUUUCGCCGACCGAUUCUAAGAUCUCGCACGGCGACCCGUUACGAAAUUGUUGUUGACGUUAUUUGCGAGAAAAAAAUUUAUUCGUGUUUCGGGCAAAGGAGAACUUGCAACAUUCCGGUGUCGCUUUGUAAAAGAGCGAUACCAUGUUAGGUAUAAAGUCGUUGAAUUGAUCGUAUCGUAUCACAUCGCAUCGAGAAAAAAAGAUUUCUAACGUUGAUCGAGAGAGAACAGGAUUUAUGCGAAAUGAAAACUAAAAGCUGAAAGAAGUAAAAUGUAAAAGGAUGAAAACGUAAGGAAAAUUGUUACGAUUACGUUAUUGCACGUGUACGGAUAUGUCCAUAUUUGCGUAAGCUUAAAUGUAUCAGUCAUACAUUUUUUAUGUAUAUAAAUGUACCUCGUAAAGUAAUUUUAAAUAAAAACUAUAGUCAUUGUGUUA